ACUUCUUUCUUGUAAGUAAACAGAGAUUCUGUUAAGGAACAAAAUGAGGUUAUGUUUUGGUGUUAUUAUUAUUUUAUUAUUAUUUUAUUAAUAACUUUAAAAAGAAAAUGAUUAGACGUGUAUUUGGUGUCAUAGAAACCACAUUAACCUCUGAGCAAGCCUCGUAUCCGAAAUGUUUCUUCAAAUCGGAGAAUGCUUCAUUUGGAUGGCUCCCCACAGCUGCACCAUGUUUUCCUAUAAACGCUAAAAACAUCAAAAUAUUAACAGAACCAAAGGAAUUUUAUGAUACGCUUUUAAGCAAUUGCUGCAAUGCUAAAGAACGAAUAACUUUAGCUAGUCUUUAUUUAGGAUAUGGAACCUUAGAAAAGAAGUUGCUUGAAUCCAUAAGAAGUAAUGGGAACUACAAGAAUAACAGCUUAAAUAUUAAUAUAUUGUUAGAUUAUACUAGAGGUAGUAGAGGGGUAGCGAAUUCUAGAACAAUGUUGCUUCCUUUAUUGCAAGAAAAUAGUAAAAAUUUAAGAGUGUCGUUAUAUCACACACCUGAACUUCGAGGAGUAUUAAAACAGUAUAUACCUGACAGAUACAAUGAACUGUUAGGGCUACAACAUAUGAAACUAUACAUAUUCGACAACACGCUUAUUAUUAGUGGAGCAAACUUAUCUAAUGAUUAUUUCACUAAUCGCCAAGAUAGGUAUGUUGUUAUUAAAGAUAAAAGCCUUAGUGACUUUUACUGCAGUUUGGUAAACAAAGUUCAAGAUUUUAGCCUUAAUAUAGACCAACAUGACAAGGCUGGUUUAUCCAAAAAUUGGGAAAUGCUGCCUUAUGAGAGUAGUAAAGCUCAAUUUGUUCAAAAGGCUUCACGUAAGAUAAAAAAUUUCAUUCUGGAUUCUAUGAAUCAACAACAACAGUAUUGUGCACAAGAACAAAAUGACACAUGGAUAUUCCCUUUAGUACAGAUGGGACAACUCAAUGUGAAUCAUGACGCUCCAAUUACUAAUAGAAUAUUAGCAGAUUCUCCUCCAAGAAGCACAUUACGAAUUGCCACUGGUUAUUUUAAUCUUACCAAAGAGUAUAUGAACACUUUAAUAGAUAGUUGCCAAGCCAAUUGUGAGAUCCUAAUGGCACAUCCAGAGGCAAACGGAUUUUUAGGUGCGAAAGGCCUAGCAGGCGGUAUUCCUUACGCCUAUUCGCAAAUAGCUAGGAAGUUUAGGCAAUUAUAUGAAGAAAGAAAGCAGCAGCACAGAUUUAAGUUGUACGAAUACCUGAGAGAAGAUUGGACCUAUCAUGCCAAAGGUUUAUGGUACUAUCCACCAGAUAAGAACGUCCCAUCCAUGACUCUGAUCGGCUCGCCGAAUUUUGGAGAGCGAUCAGUGAAACGAGACUUAGAAACCCAAGUGGCCAUCGUUACUGAAAAUCCAGAGCUGGCUAAAAGCCUGGACAAUGAAUGUAGAAGACUCUACAAACUAGGAGUAGAAGCAGAAACCGAUAGGAAAGUUCCUGUUUGGGUCAAUACGUUUGUAGUUUUCUUUAGAAGUUAUUUUUAAUAUAUUUUUGUUUAUUUAUAGUAUUGUUAUGUUUUAAAUAUAAUUUAUUGAUGUUUUAUUUAUAAAGUACAUGGAUUUUAUCAACUAAA